UCAGAGCUCAUUAAGUUAGUAUUAUGGCUUAAGUCUUUCUAAUAAAACCAACAAAGGAGAAAGAAAGAAAAAAGAAUGGAAAACGCUUCGACCGUGAGAUUUUCUAGCUGUCGAGGAGUAUCGUUUGAAAUUAAACCCCAUGCAAACCCUUUCGCUAUCGAAACAACUGAUCAAAACCGCAACGCAAACGCUGAAAACGAGGAAACAAGCAGCAGGUUUCGACUUCCGUGGGAUUUCAUGAGAAAUGCCUCACAAGUUUUCCCUUCAUCCAUUCAACACUCCAUGAGCCGAGCCAGCAGCCAUUUCUGCAAUUUGGAUCCCGACAACAAAGAAGAAGAAGAACAAGAAGAAGAAGAAAGAGACGAAGUUUACUACUUAGAAGAAGGUGGAAUCAAUGAAGGAGACGAAAAGGCCAUCCUUGCUUCUUCCGCAAGAAAAGACAGCGAGAAACCGCCGGUUCCAAAGAAACGCGGUUCAAGACUAUCCAUUAUACUUUUUGAUCAAGGAUUUUUCACCGUUUACAAACGACUCUUCGUUCUCUCUUUCUCUCUAAACGUCCUAGCUCUCGUCCUCGCAUCCACAGGACAUUUCUCUUACGCUAGAAACAGAGCAUCUCUGUUUUCAAUCGCCAACAUUCUUUCCCUAACUCUUUGCAGAAGCGAAGCCUUCUUGAGACUCAUCUUUUACCUAACUGUAAACCUCCUUGGACGCUCCUUUGUCCCUCUCCGCGUCAAAACCGCGGUUACAUCGCUCUUGCAAAGUCUCGGCGGUAUCCACAGCGGCUGCGGCGUUUCCUCAAUCGCUUGGCUCAUAUUCUCAUUAGUUCUAACGCUUAAAGACAGAGACAACACUUCAACAGCGAUCAUAGCGAUUGCUUCUGCGAUUCUCUCUCUCCUUUGCCUCACUUCUGCAGCAGCCUUCCCUCUCGUUCGUCAUCUACACCACAACGUCUUUGAACGCGUCCACAGAUUCGCCGGCUGGUCUGCUUUAGGCCUUGUUUGGGCGUUUAUAGCUCUGACGGUUUCCUACGAUCCAAUAUCAAGAUCCUACACCGGUAAUCUCGUCUCGAAGCUGAUCAGAACACAAGAGUUUUGGUUUACGCUAGCCAUCACAGUAGCCAUUUUGCUCCCUUGGUUAACCGUGAGACGCGUUCCGGUUGAUGUAUCAUCUCUCUCGGGUCACGCGUCGCUGAUCAGAUUCAGAGGAGGCGUGAAAUCAGGGAUCUUGGGUCGGAUCAGUCCAUCGCCAUUGUCGGAAUGGCACGCUUUUGGGAUCAUCUCUAAUGGGAAGACAUCGCACAUGAUGUUAGCUGGUGCUGUCGGUGACUUCACCAAGUCCUUAGUCUCAAAACCUCCAACACACUUAUGGGUUCGUACGGUUCACUUUGCUGGCUUACCCUAUCUCGUUAACUUGUAUGACAAGGUAUUACUUGUCGCCACGGGUUCGGGGAUUUGCGUAUUUUUAUCAUUUUUCAUGCAGCAGAGUAAGGCAGAUGUGUAUUUGAUAUGGGUGGCUAAAAGAUUAGAUGAUAAUUUCGGAUCAGAAAUUGUGGAUCAGAUUAAAGACUAUCCUCAUCAAGACAGGAUCAUAGUUCAUGAUACUGCAAUUCUAGGACGACCUAAUGUGUCUGAAAUGAGUGUGGAAGCUUCCAAGAAGUUUGGAGCUCAAGUCGUGAUAGUUACAAGCAAUCCUGAAGGAAGUCGUGAUGUCGUUAAUGCUUGUAAAGCUUCUGGUGUUCCUGCUUUUGGUCCCAUUUGGGAUUCUUAGAUUUCUAAUUUUAUCUUCUUUUACUUAGAAAAAAAUCAUAUUAUGAGUUCCGAGUUAAUAAGAUAAGACUUCGUUAGCUUACCCCACGAAAAAAAAGAAAAAGAAAUAGCGUUAAGUCAAGUAGUAAUCUUCGAAGACUUUGACUAUGUAUUAUAUACGAG